AUCGGAUCUCUCGUCCUCUUUCCCCCGACACUUCGCAAGCGCUUCUUCACAACCAUCUCGACUUCAGGCCUCGGGGCAAUUGAGCGCAUACACAUAAGACGAGCAUAGUCCCACGCCCGACAACGACUUUGGCGCACAAGCAAUCCUCAUCCACCACACAUAUCCGACUUCAGCAUCAUGUCGGCCGAAGAUCUCGACAAUGAGCUCCUAGGCCUGGUCAACGACGACAGCUCGGACAGCGAGGUAGACGAUCUCGACCGCCUCGAUCAGACACAAGUCAUCGAUGAUCGCUCUCCUACCCCCGAGCCGAAGCAGAGCGUGGAGAAGAAUGAGGAAAAUGGUGCAGGCAGAAAAGGUGUCGCGCAGAGAGGUGUUGCACAGAAAGUCAAGUCACGGGGAAGACGGCGGCCUAAGCAGCAGGAGAGCGAAGACGAAGGUGAAGCAUCAUCUUCACCAGCACGAUCAGUCGCUUCCGAUCGCCGCAGAGAUUCCGACAACGAUGCAGCAGCCGAUUUCGACGAUGAGACACCUCUCUACCCCAUCGAGGGCAAAUUCAUGUCCACUUCAGACCGCGAGCGUAUUCUGGCACUCCCCGAGAUCGAACGAGAAGAGAUCCUAGCAGAACGUGCUCAAGAAGUCACCCACCGACAGCAGGACUUGAUGCUGAAGAAGGCUAUGAAUGAGAACGCAGCACAAAGCAAACAAAAGCGCAAGGCAGAUGCUGCUGAGCUGGACGAUGGCGAGAAGAGGAGCUUGCGACCCAAGUCGAACAAGCGUAGUGCACUGGACGAUUACAAGAGAGCACGCGAGCAAAAGGGCGCCGAGCGAGAUCGUCGCGAUACAGGUCGUGAUCGCAGGGACCAACGUUCGCCCACACCGAUCUCAGACCGCGACGCCGAUGGUGAGAGUGAAGUUGAAUGGGCCGAACCAACCUCGAAUAGAAAUCGAGGUCGCGAGGAACCACCAGCUGAGCUCAGAGACUUUGAGCGCUGCAGAGUUGGACGUUCUGCCUUUGCCAAAGUCUGUUUCUACCCCGGUUUCGAGGAGGCGAUUCGAGGAUGUUACGCUCGCAUCAGCAUUGGUCUGAAUCGAGAGACCGGCCAGAACAUGUACCGCAUGACGCAGAUAAAGGGCUUCACGGAAGGCAAACCCUACCAGCUGGACAACGCCAUCGGCAAGAAGUUCACCACCGAUCAGUACGCCAUUGUAGCGCAAGGUUCAGCAGAGAAGCCAUGGCCAUUCCACGCUUGCUCGGACGGGAGAUUCACUCAAGCCGAAUACGACCGCUUCAUCGACACACUGCGCAAGGAGAACAUUCGCCCGUCAUCCCUGAAAUUGCUCACCAUGAAGCGGAACGCCAUCGAUGAUCUUAUCAACACACAAUUCACUGAAGCCACCCUGCAACUCAAAUUUGCCCGACAAAAGGCAAUGGAGCAGAAGCACGACCCUGCAUAUGUAGCGCAGCAGAAGCGCAAGGACAUCAAUCGACGCCGUACCGAAGCGGAAGAAGCCGGAGAUGAGGAAGAGAUUGCUCGCUGCGACGCCGAACUUGAAGCUUUGAACAGCGUCGCAACCAAUGGACCGAGCAAAGUCAAGCCGCCGCCGCCGGCUGACAAGGAAAUGUCUCGAUACGACAGAUUCGCCGCUCUCAACAAGACCAAUCGCGCCAAGAACCAACAGGAAGUCCGGAAAGCUCUCAUCGAAGAACGCAACAAAAUCGCGCGUGAAGCCGAAGCUGCGAGGAACAGGCAAAUGAUGGAAGUCAAGGCCCGAGUAGAGGCCAAAGCGAAGGACUUCCGAGUACGACAGGACAAGUUUGACGCUCUCGAGAGGGGGGAGAGUCCGGCUGUGGUUAGUGUUCCUGCUUCGCCGAAGAAGAAGGCGGCGGCGGCGGUCAAGGGGCCGAUUGGAGCUUUGAAGAAGCGGAAUAUGGAUGAUGAUAUUAUUGGGGAGUUGGACUUGGGGAUUGAUCUGGAGAUUUGA